AUGGGCGAUGAAGUACCAGAUGUCAACACUCAUAUUUAUCAGGAACAAUAUUUUGCUAGUGAUGAUGAAGAUGGAAUUGAAGAUUUCGAUUUUCCUGAUAAUGAUACACUAAAUGAUAGCAGGUUUGAAAUAGGAGAAAGCAGUAAUUCUAAUCUAGGUAAGGACGCAAAUCAUGUAGAAGACGAAAAUCAUUUGGUUGAUGAAGAUAUAGAGGUUAAUAUUGAUUUCACUGAAGGACAAUCACAUGAUACACAUGAUUACGUUUCACCUGGUGGCACAUUGUAUUGGACCCCGAUUGUUUCAGACGAUAUCAAACCAAAAGUGACAUCAAAAUUUGAUUCAUAUGAAAAAGUUGUAGCAAUGUACAGAAACUAUGCAUUAGAAUCUGGCUUUGAUGUCAGGCUUGGAAGAGUCAAAAAACGAAAAAUGGGAUUAUUACAUAUAGACAUUUGGUAUGAAAUCGGGAAGGAAAUUUUCAUUCAUAAUAUGUCAACGCAAAAUAUUGGUCCUGUAAAAGCACAUAGACCAUACAGUGCUCUUCUGGUCGGUCCUUCGGUUCGAGGUGGAUUGGUUUCUGAUUUCAAGAAUGUUAGGAGAAAUUUGAAUUGUUACAUAGGUGGGAGGGACGCAAAAUUCCUUGUUGACAAGAUGAAUGACAGGAAGAAAAAUGUCUCAUCAUUUACUUUUGAGUAUAAAGUCUUGAACAAAAGAUUGAAUGCUCUAUUCUGGGAUGAUGAAACAACAAAGUAUAAGUACAAUUCGUUCAGAGACGUUGUAUCACUCGAUGCCACAUUCAGUGUGAUAUGGUUUUUGUUCCGUUCACUGGCAUUGAUAACCACAAAAAAAUGUGUAACAUUUGGUGCUGGACUUUUAAUUAAAGAAGAUGGAGUUUCUUAUGAAUGGUUGCUUAGAGCUUUUUUGAAAGCUUUUAGAAAACAACCUCAAUUGUUUAUAUCUGACCAAGAUCCAGCUUUAAAGAAAGCUAUUGAUACCGUUUUCCCGUCGGCACAUCAUAGGUUAUGUAUGUGGCAUAUUACUAAGAAGUUGCCAAAUAAGAUUUUAUCAAUUGAAGAUGCAGCCACCAAUCAAAAAUUCCGCAAGCGUUUUCACUCUAUAAUUUGGAAUUAUAAGUCGGAACCACAUGACUUCGAAAAUGUAUGGCACACGAUGUUAAAGGAGUUUAAAAUUACAGAUAAUAGUUGUAUGAAUACCAUGUAUGGUAUGCGAAGAUAUUGGAUUCCUGCAUUUUUCAAGCACAUUCUAAUGUCUGGUCUUAUGCGAACUACAUCACUGUCUGAAAGUCAGAAUUGGUCAUUCCAAACAACUACAUUAACCGGUUCUUAUCUUAUCAUGUUGAUGAUGACAUUUGAUUCAGUCAUGGAACGACAAAGACAUAAUAAAAUUCUCAAUGAUUUUAAUACUGCCACAAAUUUUCCUAAAUUCAUUACCCGUAGUCCGAAUGAACCUCAUGCUUCAAAGAAAAAAAACAACAUAACCACUAUGCAACCAACUGAUGUCGAUGUUGAUGAAAAAGACGAGGAAUACAAUUACGAUUGUCUUAUAAGAGAUACUGAAUACAUGGUCACACACUCAACAAAAGACGGUUCAUUCAAAUGUACUUGUAUGCAUUUUGAACAUGUCGGGAUCUUAUGCAGACACAUAUUUUGUGUGUUUAAGUACUAUGGCAUCGAACAACUUCCUGAAAAGUACAUUCUAAAACGUUGGCGCAGGGAUGUUAUUCCAACAGAAUUACUUAGAAGAUGGUUCACUAAUUCUUUUGACGAUUCUAAUUCCAACAUGACUGCUAUUGAUAUCUUCAACACAGUUGACCAUUAUGAUUGUCCAAAUCAUGAAGUACCAACCAGAAUAGAACAUUUCAACAAGCUUCUAGGCGUGGUAGUUCCUGAUGUAGUAUCUGAUGUUAAUGAUAUUCAGAAUCCUUCAGAUAUUCGGAACAAAGGAUGUGGCAGUCGUGGGAAAAGAUUAAAAUCUAAAAAAGAGAUGAUUGAAAAAGAAAUCUCGAAACCGAAGACAAAGUGUACUAUAUGUAAACAGAUGGCUCAUCAUGACAAAAGAAAUUGUCCUUCAAAUAACGUCCAAACAUAG